AUCAUGCAUGAGGAUUGGUGCUGGAAGAACAAGAGCCUGGAGGUGGAAGUGCUAGAGGAUGACGUGUCUGCAGUUGAGUUCAGGCAGACAGGCUACAUGCUGAGAUGUUCCCUGUCUCACGCCAUCACUCUGGAAUUUUAUCAGGAUGGAAAUGGACGUGAGAAUGUGGGGAUUUAUAACCUCUCCAAAGGAGUCAACUGAUUCUGCCUGUCCAAGCCUGGUGUGUACAAAGUGACCCCUCGCUCCUGCCACCGGUUUGAGCAAGCGUUCUACACCUAUGACACGUCCUCAUCUAGUAUCUUGACAUUGACAGCCAUUCGCCACCAUGUCCUUGGAACUAUCACCACCGACAAAAUGAUGGAUGUCACUGUGACUAUCAAGUCGUCCAUCGACAGUGAACCUGCCUUGGUCUUAGGCCCUCUGAAGUCUGUGCAGGAGCUGUGGAGGGAGCAGCAGCUGGCUGAGAUCGAGGCCCGCAGGCAGGAGAGGGAGAAGAAUGGCAAAGAGGAAGACGAAGAAAGAAUGACCAAGCCUCCCGUGCAGGAGAUGGUAGAUGAGUUACAAGGCCCCUUCUCAUAUGAUUUCUCUUACUGGGCACGGUCUGGAGAGAAAAUCACUGUUACACCAUCAUCUAAAGAGCUGCUCUUUUAUCCCCCUUCAAUGGAAGCCGUUGUCAGUGGAGAAAGCUGCCCAGGGAAGCUGAUCGAGAUCCACGGGAAGGCAGGCCUGUUUUUAGAAGGCCAGAUCCACCCCGAGUUGGAAGGAGUCGAGAUUGUCAUCAGUGAAAAGGGGGCAAGUUCACCCCUGAUCACAGUCUUUACUGAUGACAAAGGUGCCUACAGUGUUGGCCCCCUGCACAGUGACCUGGAGUACACGGUGACCUCACAGAAGGAGGGCUAUGUUCUGACUGCGGUGGAAGGAACCAUCGGAGACUUCAAGGCCUAUGCCCUGGCAGGCGUAAGCUUUGAGAUAAAAGCUGAGGAUGACCAGCCGCUCCCGGGAGUCCUCUUAUCUCUGAGCGGUGGCCUGUUUCGUUCCAACCUCUUGACCCAGGACAACGGCAUUCUGACAUUCUCAAACCUGGUAACAUGUUCUGCAAUUUACCAUCUGCCUGUCUUCCCUGAGAGAGAGCCAGGAUGCAGCAUGCGAGACUUACGUGUUGCUUGACAAUGUGAGAAGAGAAAACCAAUGUGGAGUGGUUUCAGUUUCUUGGGGGCCCACAGUCAUUAGAGUAUUGCUCUUACUCGAACUUAAUGCUGCUGAUUCAUGUUCCCUUCCACAGGCGCCUCUUGUUUUCUGAUCACCCGCUUGUCACUAAGAGAGUGUAAUUAAUUUCCC